AUGUUUUCCGCCGGAGUGCUCGCCAACGCGACCGUUCCUUGUCCGGCAUUCCAGCAAAUCGCCACUCCAAUCGCGGAUCUUCCAAAAGACGGAACUAUCGGUCAGGAGGAACUGACUCUGAGGAACAAGUUGGCGGCACUCUACCGACUCGUCGAUCUGUUUCGAUGGAGCCAAGGCAUCUAUAAUCAUAUUACCGUAAGCCUCUGAGUCUGCUCUCAACAUUUCUUAUAAAUGGAAUCUCAGGUUCGUGUCCCUUCUGAUCAGGAUGAGAUUCUGAUCAAUGCGUUCGGACAACUGUACAAUGAAGUGACGGCUUCGUCUCUGCUGAAAGUCGAUCUGGAAGGCAACGUGCUGGACGGAGGAUCCACAGAUUUUGGCAUCAACCAAGCCGGCUACGUACUCCACUCGGCGAUCCACCACGGCCGUCCCGAUGCCCAAUGUGUCAUCCAUCUCCACCACCCAUCCGUCGUCGCCGUCUCGGCUCAAAAGUGCGGACUUCUGCCGAUCAGUCAGGAGUCGAUGAUCGUCGGAGAGGUGGCAUAUCACGAUUACCAAGUAAGGGAUGUUCUCAAUUCCCCUGACGCUGUCCCGUUUUGCAGGGAAUUCUCAUCGACGAGGCGGAACGAGAAUUGCUCGUCCGUCAUCUAGGCGAUCGGAACGUAAUGAUUCUGCGCAACCACGGCUUCGUAGUGUGCGGCGAGUCGGUCGAACACGCUCUCAGCCUCACCUACCACCUGAUUAUCGCCUCCGAGACACAAGUGAAAAGCGUUCCCGGCGGCAACACGGACAAUGUGCACUUCCCAUCGCAAUCGGCCGUCAAGCAGGUCUACGCCGUCGCCAGCCAGGGAGGUACUACGCUUCAUCGCAUUCGCCACGCUUUUUCUUCGCGAAGCAAAGCACACCUAUCAUUUGUCGCGCAUUGUUCUUUUUCUUCUUCUUUCAGGCGGCGGUGUGAACCGACAGAACGGACGAGUCAACUCGAGUCGCUGGAGACGUGGAGAGCUCGAAUGGCAGGCUUACAUGCGGCAACUGGACGCGCACGGAUACGUUACGGGACACGUGUACGUUUAG